GUGUGCUGUAAAGGGAAAAUUGAGCUUAGAAACAGAACGCCAAUGGGACCGUUCGACUUUCUCUCUGGAGUUUUGUUCUUCGUCUGCUUCUUGGCAUCGGAUGUAACAAAUUGCUAUGCAGACGAUCACCAGAUACAGCAACCGUUCAGUAAAGCUAUUUUGGAAAUGUUACAUAUAAACACACUUACAUUUCCACGACGUACCAAACUUCAUCCUUACAUGAGACUAAUCUAUCAGCAGCUCAGCUCAUCGGAAACCAAGGACUCUACCACAACUGAGGGAACACUGGUGCAAAGCUUUCGCAGUAUCAAAGUUCCUGAAUAUGACAAUCCAGGAUGGGUAUGGUUUAACAUUUCCAAGCUCAAGCCCUCCAUGGUGGCAGCAGAGUUGGUGCUACUGCGAAGAACUCUCCAUCCAAAGUCACUGACGGUUAAUGUAACAGUACAUCAUAUCAGUUUGGAAGGGAACAACCUCACCAUCAGCGAUCCACUGGACAAAAAGAUUUUGAAUCUGAGUGAGCUGCCAUUCUCUGGAUAUGACACAUUCAAUGUUUCCACCAUCCUGAAACACUGGACGUUGGAUGUGAUAGGAUUUCAGUUCCAGUUUACUGAUGACAGUGGCAGUCUGGUAUUACACGAUGCUCUGACUCAAAGCCUCUACUGCCUCGACACAAACUCUCAGGAUGAGCCACUGCUCGUCGCCUACAGGCUGGCACUGUCAGGAAGGAGGAAGGCAGGAAAACCACUCAGCAGCAGAAACAGCCAGCGGAGCUCUAGGGAAGUGAGGUGGAAAUUCCCACCUAUUUCUGGGAAGUGCAGCAUGCAUCCACUUUAUGUGAACUUACAGUCAUUGAAGUUAAGUAACUGGAUCUUGGAACCACGGGGUUUCUACGCUAAUGCCUGUAGAGGUCAUUGCUCUGACUCAAUCACUGGCAAGGGGAAUACAGACACAAUAAGUCCUGCAUCAGGAACAGUGAAGCAAAACAUAACGAAAAAUCAAAGGUGGCACUGUACCCCAGAAGAAUAUUCUUCAGUUAGUUUAAUGCACGUAACAGAGUCUGGAGAUAUUUUUAUUGAGAGGAUAAAAGAGAUGAGUAUUGAGAGUUGCACAUGCAAAUAAGAUUUAAUUCAGAGUGGAAAUGCCUAAUGUUCCCUACAUUAUCCAAAAUCUGUGUUUUCACAUUUCAGACACAAGUCACAACACAAGAAAUGCUAUAGGAUUAACCCAUGGAUAGACUUGGCACAAUACUCAUACUAUUUACAUUAUACCUUUCUAAGUGAGCACUUAACCCACUUAAAGAGGUUCAACUGAAUAACUCUCCACGUGGGUGUGGUAUAUAAACUGCUUAUAAGUGUGCUCGCUCAUCCUGUACAUAAGGCUCCUCAAGGCCUUAAGCACAGUAGCAUUCUUUUAUUCACAUCUGUACAUAGUGGGUUAUCACACACAGGUCUCUAACAUGGUUUCCAGCACCUCUCUCUGCACAUACUCAUUUCAGACUGGUGUCUUUCAUACAAAAAGUUAUAUGAUCAAUUGCAUGUUUCCAAUUACAUUGCAGUUGCUUAUUCCAAAGAUUUGCUGAUUUCGAGUGAGGUUUUUUCUUGAGCAGAAUUUUAUGUUCCCCUGUUGGUGGGUUUGAAGGCAGGCGACAAACAAAUCAAACGGUUUUUGGUCUCCAUUCCAUCUGGAAUUUUAAGGAGAUGCAAGAGUCGUCAGGUAACCUACUUGAACUUGGGCCUGUCAAGCCUCUUGGGAGGUGGAGGGGAGGAGAGCGAGAUGGUAUAUCUCCUUUAUAGGUCUUCUAGGCCCAUCGGAACGACUCCUCCAUGGACCACUUUUCUUUAACACUACCCCACCCCCAGACCUCAAAUCCAGCCACUCAUUCCCCUCGCUGAGACCUUCACCCAACAACAUACCUCGGCUCAUUAAUAUUGGAGAGUGCCUGUUAUGGCAACAGUAACCACUAGUCUCAGUAGAACAGCUGGAUUUUACUGAGCCACUGGUCACCUGAUGAGUCAACAGCUUACUAAGGUAGAAUUUCUUCCCAUGACAGGGGUGGAGGUCUCACUUCUAAGCAAUUAACACUGCUCACAGCACAGCACCCCCAUAAAAUUCAGCACCUUUUAACUUGCAAUUUGAUUUAUCCCUUCAAAUUAAUACAGCACUUGGCAUUCCAAGGCUAGAGAAUACUCCUUCGCUCUGUCUUUCCUCCCUCCUGCGUUCUGCAGACUUCUACACUUAAACAAUUCUUGAUGAAGUUAAUCUUCUCUUAAGUUUUUAUGGAAGAUUACGCUCAACAUAUGCUAUGAAUUUCCCCACUACCUGGCAUUCUCAAAUAAAACUGUGAUAUUACAUAUCAUUCGUAAUUAGAAAGCAUUCUUCCCAAUUUCAUCUAUUUCAACUUCCCAAGGGAUGUUAGAUAGGUUGUACACCUGCCAUGCACUCAAUUUACAAUCUACUCAAUUUUCACAAUGCAAUUUCCCUACAUUGUAUUCAAUGUAUUAUUUUUGUUAUUAUGAAGUGUAUCUUAAUCAACCUUUCUGUAUAAUUGGGCACAAUUGUUCUCAAAUUGUGAAGUUUAAUGAGUUUCACAAUGCAAGGAAGACCUUAAUUCUGUAAUACUUUAACAUUUCAUGGCUACUGUGUUUAUUGAACUAGGUAACACCCUCACCAUAAGGCAUUACUAACACCACGUAAUGUUAUUGUAAUCAGUCAUUAACUGAUAGUGUGAGUGAACUGUACUCAAUUCAAUAAAGGCUUUCUUUUAA